CAACCAAGACAGCGCCAACAACCACGUUCAACAAAAGCUGUCUUCUCAAUUCGAACAAACAUUCAUCUUCUGACCAAAAAACGAUGGUUCCGUAACUGACUCAUUGCCAACUCCGCCCUGUCACAAUAGAAUAAAGCCACUAUGUGGGGUUUAGACCGCCUCUCUGCCGCAUCAACACCCUCGGGCACGCCUCCUCCUCGUCGUGAUUCCUACUCACCAGCCCCUAGAAGGGCGUAUACAGGUUCAGGCCCGGGUCCAUUACCGGCUCGCCCAGGCUUGCCCACCAGGACAUCGUCACUAUCGCUCGCCAACUCCCCAGCCUCCUCUUCAACCAGUCUCCCGUCCACCGUACGACCCCCAAAUGGCUCUACGCGCAGAAGGCAAGGGACUGUCGGGGCUCCACCGAAUGUCCCCGAUCCGAUCCAAGUUUUAGAAUCUAUCAUGGGAGGACCACCGCGCAAACCAGUCACAAGGGUAGACACACCUGUAGAACCCGCGAAGAAGCCGGAUGUCGUGGUUGUAGAGAUAGACUUUGGCGGUCUGAGCCUGAAGGAGUUCGCGGCGGCGGAGACAGCAGAGAUACGGCACUCUUCUCCUGUACAUACAUAUAGUGCACAAUCAGUUGAAGAAUACGAUAAGGAGAAAGACAAGUUUCUAGAUCUGCAUCAAUCCAUUGUCGCCUGCGACGAGGUAUUGAAGUCCGUUGAAACAUACCUUACAAACUUUCAAUCGGAUCUUGGUGCUGUCUCCGCCGAGAUCGAGAGCUUACAGAAUCGUUCGAUAGCGCUCAACACAAAACUUGAGAACCGAAAGGUUGUAGAGAAGCUUCUUGGUCCAGCUGUUGAAGAUAUCAGUAUCUCGCCCGCUGUGGUACGCAAGAUCGCAGAAGGUCCCAUCGAUGAGGCCUUUGUGAGAGCACUAUCUGAACUAUCUGCGCGCUCAAAGACUAUCGCCUUUAAAUCAAAGGAUCAACCAGACUGGAAGGCCCUAGCUGAUAUCCAACCCCUGAUCAACGAUCUCACCAAUAAAGCUCUUGAACGAAUCCGUGAUUACAUUGUAGCACAGAUAAAAGCAAUCCGCUCACCUUCGAUCAAUGCACAGAUCAUUCAACAGCAAGCAUUCUUGCAAUACAAGGAUCUAUAUGCCUUCCUCGCUAAGCAUCAGCCGGAGCUGGCGCAACAGAUCGCGCAGGCUUAUGUAUAUACGAUGCGCUGGUAUUAUUUGAACCAUUUCACACGAUACCGCACGGCCUUGGAAAAGCUCAAACUCCAUGUCCUCGACAAAUACGACGUUCUAGGCGAGGAUCCCUCUGCAAAGCGCAGUGGCGCGCUGCUAGGAACUGCACGUGCAGUUCCCUCGGCAUACGAUGCGUUCUCUUUGGGUCGUCGAAUGGAUCUACUCAAGAGCACCAGCCCCAAUGCUCUCACUGCUUACCUCGCUGAGGAAGAGAAAUCCGCUCACUACCUCGAAGUGCCCUUCCGUUCCUUCAAUCUUGCCCUUAUCGACAAUGCGUCCUUCGAAUACACCUUCCUCUCUACCUACUUCUCCCCCUCUCAAAACUAUCACGCAAUCUCCCGAACAUUCACACAAAUCUUCGAGCCCACCCUCGCCCUCGGUCAAUCCUUGACGCGCCAACUCACCGAUUCGACAACCGACACCCUGGGAAUCCUCCUCAGUGUGCGGAUCAAUCAGCACCUCGCCUUUGAACUCCAGCGCCGCAAAGUUCCUGCGGUUGAGAAUUAUAUCAACGCAACGAACAUGCUCCUCUGGCCCCGUUUCCAACAAAUCCUCGACCUCCAUUGCACCUCCCUCAGUAAACUAACAGCAUCUCUCCCCAACAAGCCCUCCGCUGCAUCUUCCAUCCUCUCAUCGUCAUCCUCUUCGCACGCAGCUUCUUCAACCGCCCCAACACCACUCACGCAACGCUUUGCAAAUCUCAUUCAUGGCAUAUGCGCCCUCUCCAGCGAAGCAGGCGACGACGAACCCGUCAGCGUCUCCGUUGGCCGCCUGAGAAACGAGUACGAAGCGUAUCUCACCAAAGCAUCGAAAGCGCUAAGUGAUCAACGCAAGAAAGAACGCUUCCUGCAGAACAAUUACAGCCUAGUAGUUACUAUUUUGGCGGAUGUAGAGGGCCGUCUGGGUACUGAGACGAGGUCGCAUUUCGAGAAGCUGAGAGAUGCAUAUGGUACAUAGCCUGCGUGUACAUCUUCUUAUUAGCGUUGGAUGUUCCUUUGGCUGUGUCUCUCUUCUUGUUCGGAUUAUAUACUGGGGCGUCACAGUGCAUCCUUUAGCCUUGUCGUCUUUUGGGUAGCGUAGAGAGCGUGUAGCAUCUUUUUACUUUAGGCCAGAUUAUGUGAUUAAAUCCUUCGUCAUUUCGCAAGUCGAAUGACACCGUCAGAUUUUGAAAUCAUGUCGCAAAC